AUUACAGCUUGCACGGUGUUUCUGGCCCUCAUCGCAACGACCGUCGCGUCGUCCUGGCCUGAUGAUGUGUGUCCCCCGGAACAGGGAGAAGACUGGACAAUAGAAAAACUGUUGCGUCAUGACGAUUGCGAUAAGUUCUACAUGUGUACAUUGGGAAAACCAGUUGAGCGUAGAUGUCCUUCUGGGCUUUGGUUCUGCUUGGCAGCCAUGAGAUGCGAAUGGCCUCAUUUGGUAGACUGUGAAGACCGAAAUGUACCUACAACAACUGUUGCUGGUGCAACGUCAACAACACCAGUUCCAACGACCACAACAACCACGACUACCACACCGGCCCCGACUACAACAACAACUACCACAACAACACCGGCUCCUACAACGACAACAACCACAACAACUACACCUGCACCAACUACGACAACGCCUACAACGACGACAACUACUACGCCGGUACCAACGACAACCACUACGACCACGACUACACCGAGGCCUACAACAACGACCACGACUACACCGAGGCCAACAACAACGACCACGACUACACCGAGGCCGACAACAACUACCACGACUACACCUAGGCCGACAACAACCACCACGACUACACCAAGGCCAACAACCACAACUACGACUACACCAAGACCAACAACUACAACAACUACGACGACUACUACAACACCGGCACCAACGACAACAACGUCAACAACAACGGCCAAACCCGAUUUCAGACCAAAUGGAUGCCCAGUUGAUCUUUUUAUUCAUUGGUUACUUCCACAUGAAACUGACUGCACUUUGUUCUACUAUUGCGUUUGGGGCGAAAAAGUUCUACGUAGCUGUCCAAGUAGCCUACAUUUCAAUACUGUACUUCAGGUAUGUGAUUGGCCCAGAGAUGCCGGAUACCCUUACCCAAUGCAGUUCUCACUAUACGGAAUCGUCAUUAGAUUGUUAUAUGGAGGGUGCGGCUGCUGCCAGUGCCGAGCAGGCCAAGAGACCAACGCCUUAAAUAAUCACUGUUUUUCAGUUGUCACAGUGCUUUUGGCUCUAAUUGCUUCAACAGUCGCCUCGUCUUGGUAUGAGGAUGUGUGUCCUCCGGAACAGGAACACGACUGGACAAUAGAAAAACUGUUACGUCAUGAGGAUUGCAACAAGUUCUACAAGUGCACAUUCGGGCAGCCAGUAGAGCAGGAUUGCCCUGCUGGACUAUGGUUUUGUUUGAAAAAUUGGCGUUGCGAAUGGCCACAUUUGGUUGAUUGUGAAGAUAGGAACGUGCCUGAAGAAACAACUACCACACUAGAGCCGACAGAAACUACGACCACCCCACAACCGACAACGACGACAACAACCACCCCUGAACCAACAACAACGACAACAACAACAACUACUACUACUACCGAACCACCGACAACGACAACCACCACUGAAGCAACGACAACAACAACAACUCCAGAGCCAACAACAACAACUACCACUCCAGAACCAACAACAACAGCUGUACCCGGUUUCAGACCAAAUGGAUGUCCAGAAGAUGUAUUCGAACAUUGGUUACUUCCCCAUGAAACGGAAUGCAACUUGUUCUACUAUUGUGUUUGGGGUAAAAGGGUGCUAAGAAGAUGUCCCAGUAACCUUCACUUCAAUAGAGUAAUUCAGGUGUGCGACUGGCCCGGAGAUGCUGGUUGCCAAAGCAUAACUUCGCCAUAAGACGACGUACGCCUACCAAAGAGUUCUGCUGCCCUAGUAUAAGAUUUCAAGUUAAAGAACGGAACUGGUGGUGUUACUUUAGAGAGUGGCAUAAACCGGGUUCGGUUACAGUAUGCGACGGUGCAAAUAGAAAUAUUUUUUUUUACAUUUUUGAUGAUUUAAAAGAUCGACGGGUAACAAUAAAUACAUUUUAUUAAAUUGUCUUUCCAUACACUGUGGCGGAAAUAUCAGUAUAAAUCAGUAAUAAUAAAAAAAAAUUACAUAAACAGAAAUAAUCAUUAAGA